AUGGCUCCAUCCAGAAUCGACUCGCCCGUCGAGGCGGUCGGCGAACUCUCGGUGGCUCUCCAGAAGAAGCCCACCAUGUACCUCCUGGAAAAGUUCCCUGAAGAGGCCGUCAAGUACUGCCAAGCCCACUUCCACACGAUCCUUCCCCUCGAUGAAGAAGUCGCAAACUGGCGCGAGAACGCCGACGCAAUCCUCGUCCGCGAAAAGAUCAUCACCGCCCAAGACAUCUCAUCGGCGCGCAGGCUCCGCGCCAUCGGCAAGCAGGGCACAGGCAUCGACAUCAUUGACAAGGAUGCCGCCGACGCGAGGGGUAUCGCCAUCUGCAACACGCCGGGAGUGAACGCGCAGUCGGUCGCUGAGCUGGUUCUCGCCCUCACCAUGGCCGUCGCGCGGCAACUGAGGACCAUCUCGGUCAAGCAAGCGGCUGGCAACGAGGUCAGGAAAGAGCACUGCAUGGGCAUGACGCUCACCGGCAAAUCUGUUGGGAUACUGGGAAUGGGCGCAAUCGGCACCGCCGUCGCUACGAUGUUUCGAGGCGCUUUCGGUGCCCGGGUGUGGGCCUACGACCCCUUUGCCCCGGCCAAGGCCUGGAGCGAUAUCGAGCAUACACGAGUGCAGAACUUUGAGGAGAUGCUUCCGCACGUGGAUGUGCUGACGUUGCACAUCCCCCUCAACUCCCAGACCCAGGGGCUCAUCGGCGCGAAGCAAUUGACGGCAAUGAAGGCAGGUUCGAUUCUCAUCAAUGUCGCGCGAGGCGGUAUCGUUGACGAGCCGGCCUUGAUCCGGGUACUCAACGAGGGCCAUCUCUUCGGAGCAGGGCUUGAUUGUCACGAGGAGGAGCCGCCGACGCUGCAGAAGCACCAGGCAUUGUGGGAAACCGGGCGCGUGAUCAGUACACCACACAUUGGGGCGACGACCAAGGAGACCGUCGUCAAGACCGCCACAUCCGCCAUAGACAACGUUUUGCGGCACCUGUCAUCCACAUCCACUGUUAGCUAGAGGGUAGUUGCACCGCCUUUUAAUCAGAACUUACAUGACUAUGUUCAAGCUGAGAGGCGAGCAAGUCAAAACGCACGAGAAAGCCUGUGCACAUGUCAUUUUUGCUAGUCUGGCUUGGAUUUGCGUCCUGCAGGACGUUCGGACUCGCGCUGUUGCGGAGUCCUAGGGUUUGGCUGUUUUGAUGUAGGGGAUCUCCGGGGGGCGGGUUGUGUUUUGUUGUUUCGAGUAUUGACCCGUUUGUUUGACAGAGUACGCCAUCAGGAGCGUACAUGCAUGUCGCACUGAAUGUCCCGCAUCGAGUCCGUGGAGGAUUGAGGUAUGAAUGU